UAGUGGUGGAAGGAAUAGAAAAAAGAAAAAAUAGGCCUAAAUGAGCUUUUUCGGUUCGGAUCGAAGAUCGAUUUUUGAAAGAUUCAAGGAGCUAACUGAUUGAAACUCUGUAAGACAUCAAGACAUUAUUUCAUAAUGGCAGUCGUGAUAUUUUUGGGUCAUGUCCGAGCAUAAAACGUCCAGCAAGUCCAGCGUAGCUGCGAGAAAAUGCAAGUUGGCUUACAACAUCUGACAUUUCAAGUUUGACCUGAUUUCUUUGAAUUUCGCUUUGGUUGCAGACUAGAAUCGUUUGUGGAAAAUCAUAGUUGAACCCUUAAUCCAAGUGACCAAGAAUGUCAGAAGGAAAUGAAAAACUCCUUGUUGGAGGAAUUGAAGAAGGAUCAAAACUUUAUGAUAGCCUGCUUCUAGAUUCAAUUAAAGAUCCCAGCAGCCAAAUUGAGCAAGAAAGUAGAAAUGUUGCCCCUAAACCUGGAUUUUGUUUGAAAACAACAGAUGAGAAAGGCAACAAGGUAUUUGUCAAUGCUUGUACCUCAGAGGGUGUUUUGAAGCCCAAGAAUAUAUCUGAAGAUGAGUUAAAAGAAAUAUUUCUAGCUGGGGAUGCAACUAAAUUUAGAGUUCCAAUGGCAAUUGGGGAUGCCCAUGUGGAAAAGGAUAAAUCUGGAAUUGAUUGCACAGCAUAUGAUAUUGUGAUCAACCCAGCAUUUUUGGAUCAAGUAAACAGCAAUAAGUUUUUCAUGGAUUUCUUCAUAACACUGAUUUACGAAGGGCUAGAAAAUAAACAUGAUCUGAAACUGAGUCGAGACUUCAGGAUUUUAAAGAACAAAAAGGCCAUUGGAACACUUCAGAUGCAAACAGUUAGAACGAAAAGUACACCAGUGAUAAUGGAGAUGGAUAAAGUUAUGUAUGAAUUGGAGAAAGAGCAUUUAGCUCAGCAGAACUUAUCACAACAUCCUGAGAAGCCAAGCCUGAUAAAAGAACUGUCAACCACAAAAAGACCACAAAAAGAAAGAAGUCCUUGCAUCAUUCCUGAGUAUAAUAUCAUAAAAGAGCCACCAAGUGGGGAGCCAGAGUACCUAAUCAUGGAGAUAAAACUCCCUCAAGUUCACUCAACCAAAAACAUAGCCCUAGAUGUUGGUGAUGAUUGUGUUAUUCUUUUAUCAAAUGAUGGUAAAUUAAAGCUAGAUGUUGAUCUUGAUCACCAUGUGAAUAAUGAUGCAACAGGGGCACAGUUCAACAAAAAGACUCAUAUUCUAACAAUUACUAUGCCAUGCAGCUGACAUCAUCAAAAAGCUAUCAUGCACAAAUGAUUCUAUGAGGUUUGUUUUUUGCAUCAAGAAAAGAUCAAUCCUUAAAGGUCAUAAAGGUCAUAAGGUGAAAAGUUACUAAGGUGAAAAUUUCAAAAAGGCUUUAUUCAUCCGAAGAUGAAAGUAUCAAGACUGUUUUCCAGAAUAUUCAGUUUUUCUAGAAAAUCUAAUUGAUUAGUCAAAAAUAAGGUGUUCCUGAAUAGUUAAGCAUAAAACAUUAAAAAUAUUUCAUACAGUUGCAUAAUUAAAGUUAAGAGGUUUUCUGAAUGUGACUUUGUAAACUUGUUCUGUCAGAAUUUCCAUAUUAGAGUGAUGUUUCAUCUUUUCAAA